AUGGGAGUUUUUGCUUCAUUUCAAGUUCUUUUGCUCUGUUUACAACUCUUUCUUGCAGUCAGUGAUGCAUUUCCAGUAAAUGAAGUUGAGGCUUUAACGUCCUUCAAGAGGGCUAUAAUUGAGGAUCCAUUACUGGUUUUGUCAAAUUGGAACCCGCUGGACUCAGAUCCUUGUGACUGGACUGGCAUUUCUUGUUCUAUGGCUAGGGAUUAUGUCAUAAAGCUUAACAUAUCGGGGGCAUCUUUAAGGGGUUUCAUUGCACCAGAAUUGUAUCUACUAUCAAAUUUGCAAGAAUUAAUUUUGCGUGGGAAUUUGCUAAUUGGUACAAUACCUAAAGAAAUUGGCAUGUUGAAAAACCUCAAGGUCUUGGAUUUGUCUUCAAACCAGCUUACAGGAGCAAUUCCUCGGCAGAUUGGAAAUUUAACUAUUGUUAUGAAAAUAAAUCUUCAAUUCAACGGGUUGACUGGAAAGUUGCCUUCUGAGAUUGGAAACUUGAAAUACCUUGAAGAACUUCGACUUGAUAGGAAUAAGCUUUUGGGAACCAUCCCUGCUAGCAAUGGCUCGGCAUUUCCAUCCAGCACUCGUGGAAUGUAUGCUUCAAGUGACCGCCCAAUGGGUUUUUGUUUAUCAUCCCAAUUAAAAGCUGCAGAUUUCUCAUAUAACUUUUUUGUUGGAAGCAUUCCCGAGUGCUUGGGGUUUCUUCCUAGAACAAGCUUUCAAGGAAAUUGCCUCCAGGAUAAGGAUAUCAAACAACGUUCUACGGCACAAUGUGGUGGUGCUCCACCCACUAAAAACCAUCCAGUAGUUAACACCAAGCAUCGGCCUGUAGAAGACAGAUCCAAACAUCAUGUUAAUUCGUCGAAGCCUGCAUGGCUUUUGGCUCUUGAAAUAGUGACAGGAGUUAUCGUGGGUUCUCUCUUUGUCAUUGCUAUGCUCACUGCAGUUCAGAAGUGCAAGAGCGAAUCUUCUAUCAUUAUCCCUUGGAAGAAAUCUGCAAGUGAGAGGGACUACACUACGAUUUGCAUAGAUUCUGAAGUACUGAAGGAUGUCGUGAGAUACAGCAGACAAGAACUUGAGGUAGCCUGUGAAGAUUUCAGUAACAUCAUUGGAUCCUCUCCAGAUAGCCUGGUAUACAAAGGCAACAUGAAAGGUGGGCCUGAAAUUGCUGUUAUAUCCCUUUGCAUCAAAGAAGAGCAUUGGACAGGCUACCUCGAGCUUUACUUCCAGAAAGAGGUGGCAGAUUUGGCAAGACUAGAUCAUGAAAACACUGGAAAAUUGUUAGGGUACUGUUCAGAAAGCAGUCCAUUUACAAGGAUACUAGUGUUCGAAUAUGCAUCAAAUGGAACACUUUAUGAGCACCUUCACUAUGGAGAAGGAUGUCAAUUAUCUUGGACACGGCGUAUGAAAAUUAUUUUAGGCAUUGCAAAGGGACUGAAGUACCUGCACGAGGAACUUGAUCCACCAUUUACAGUAUCUGAAUUGAAUUCUAGUGCUGUAUAUCUUACUGAUGAUUUUUCUCCCAAGCUGGUUGACUUCGAGAGCUGGAAGACUAUUCUGUCACGUUCGGAAAAGAGCUCGGGUGCCAUCAGCAGUGAAGGUGCUGUUUGUGUUCUUGCAAAUUCUUUGGAAGGGCGUCAUCUUAAUAUCCAGGGCAAUAUCUAUGCAUUCGGGGUGAUUCUACUGGAAAUAAUCAGCGGGAGACCUCCAUACUGCAAAGAUAAAGGCUGCUUAGUGGAUUGGGCUAAAGAAUUUCUAGAAAUACCCGAUGUCAUGUCAUAUGUCGUGGAUCCCGAGUUGAAACAUUUCAGAUACGACGACCUGAAGGUGAUAUGCGAAGUGGUAAAUCUGUGCACCCAUCCAGAGUCGAGCACCAGGACCUCCAUGCGGGACUUGUGCUCCAUGUUGGAAAGUGGUAUUGACACAUCCGUACCUGCUGAUCUCACAGCAUCUGCUUCUCUGGCAUGGGCCGAGCUUGCGCUUUCUUCAUAA